UUUAGCUAAUUUCCGUCAAUAACAAACGAAUUGCCAGUUAAUUCGGUCCAUUCGGUGAUUUUCAGUUAAAGAUCGUUUGAAUUCUCUUUCGAUUAAAUCAAAAAAAGUGUUCUGUUCAUUUUUCUUUCAACAGUUUUAAAAUGAAAUUCGCAGUAUUUGUAGUAUUGUCAUGCUUGUGCAUUUUCGGUUCUGGUUUGCAAACGGAUCAAAUCUGGGGCAAUAUUAAUAAUAAUGUCCGUGAAAUUGGAAGUGAGACCAUCAAGGUGCCAUCAACAAUAUGGACAGUGAAAAAACAUAAGUUUAGCUUCCCAAAGAUGCCGUUAAAUGUUCCAAUCGCUGGUAUCAGACAUAUCGACUACAAAUCGCAUCCAGUCAAAGUGGAAUUCUUAAAAGGCGGCGUCGGACAUUUCGAUGUAACUUUCCAGCUUACUUCACAGAAAGGCCAUGGCAUCAACUCUACCUUCAUUUUCUACGCACAAUAAAGAGGGUCAUAUCUUAUCAGCUGCCACAAAGAAAAAGAAUGGAGAUAUGGAAUUGACGCUAAAACUCGAAAUUUUUUACCAUUACAUUCUUCAAAACAGAACUUUCUUCAAAAUUGGAGUUAAAAGAAGACAUUGUUAUUUGAAAUAGAAAAUGAAUAAUUGAAGUAUGAAUUUCCAAAAAUAAACGUUAAAAAAGCAGAUAAAAAAUCUAUUUUUGAAUCAUUUAAAAUGAUUCAUUUUAUAUGCAAUAUUUUGGUUGUGAUUGUAAGUUGGCACGGAGAAAAUCAGAAAAGUGUGACUCAUUCAUUCCUCUUGCGAAUUGAAAUGAGAAUCUAAAUCAAGAGAUUAAAUAAUGCCCAAUAGGGCACAAUGCUAUCGAACCAUCGAAUCGUUUUCCAAUCAAUUUGGAAAACUCCAAAAUUGUGACUAUUUAUCAAUGCUUGCAUAGCUGCCGAAUCGUGAUUUGGAUAGAAGGACAGAAGGACAGAUUCGCUAUCAUUAAGUCUCAAUUGAAUUAAAAUCUUGCUGAAGAAACCAAAAAAACCGAAAAAAUGGAGUCUGAAAGAGAAUUCCAGUGCGAGGGAAAAAUGAAAACUUGUAAUAAAUACAAACCAAAACAAUGAUAAAACAAUCAAAGCAAAGAGAAUCAUAUACAAAUGAAAUGAAUGAAAUUCCAAUCGGAAUUAUCAUAAAGAACGAAUCCAUUUGUAAUAUAGUAAUCAAACGCACUCAUUAGGAUUUGCGCGGAAAAAAUGACAACUGCUGUGUUUACAGUGGAUGAUUUACAGUGAAUGUGUUUACAAGCUGUGUUGUAGUAAUACGAGUGACAUCCAUUAAUUUGCACGUUGUUUGUUUGCACAUUUGCAUUUUGAUAUAAACAAAGUCGACAAAAACUCUGUGUAUAAAUUCUGUAUGUAAAUUUCCUUUUGGAUUCGAAUGUAUGGAUUAAUUUAGUCAAUUUUGAGUUGAAUUAAAGACAUUUUUCUGAAGAAAAAUCAUGGUAAAUCAAUCGAAACCAGAAAGUUGUGACGACAAAACGAGCUGUGUUGGAUUCUUUGCACCACGAACCCAAAGUGCUAAGAAAUAUUGGAAUAAAUUUUGUUGGUUGUGUCACAAGGAAAAUCCGGUUGAAAAAAAGAAGUGCAAUAAAUGCUAUCAUGUUUAUCACGUCGCUUGUUUGGAAGCUGAUUCGAUUUGCAAUGACUGUAAAUUGGCCAAGAUACGAAACCGACUUCUCAGCAGUGACGAUCAGAAAAUGCUGAAGAGACUGGUCGAAAAGUUGUUCUGUGAUGAAGGGAUGAUGACUUUUGAGAAGCAGUGCAUUUCGAAGCCAUUGACCUCGAUCAGAGCGAAAAUUGAAAAUUAUACCACAUUUGCUGCUUUUUUGGAUGACAUCAAGUGGACGGUGCAUAAAUGCAUGGUGGUUUAUAACGAAUGUCAAUCGGUAGAAGAGAACAAGAUGGCAGCGAUGGCCGAACGACUCAGAAUGUAUUGCGUCGAGCAAGUUGAAAGCAUGCAGGCAUGCGCGGAAUGUCAUACGAACUCUUGGGAAUGGCCUGAUCAUAACAUCACAAUGUCUUGCAAAAUGGCUCAUCCGAUUCUGUGGGCAUUGGACCAACAAAAUCUAUUGUACUGGCCGGCAAAGUGCAUGUUGGUGAACGACUCAAAAGUCACCGUUCGCUUCUUCGGAUAUCACAAGACGGCUGCAGUCGAUGUAAAGGAUUGCUGGUUAUAUUCACACCAACCACCUUCUCAGAAGAAUGGUGAAAAUCAAGUGAAUGCCGACGAUUUUUCGACGGCUCUGAAGGAGGCUGAUGCUUACAUCGAAAAUCUCCGCAAAGAAAUUGGUGAAUAUGUUUACGCUGCUAUGGAUACGCCAUUCAAUCCGUUCAUCCAUUUUCGUACCAUUGGCAACGACGCUGUUCAAUCAGAGGAUUAUCCGGUAGUCCCAGUUCCAGCGUUGAAUCGUCCGAAUUUGGUCAUCAGCAGCCCAUUGAUUGAUAUGAGCUCAGCGCAUCGUCCAAAUAAUCAACCGCGUAACUCCGAAAUGCCAUCUCGUGUUUUGGACAUGCCAACAAUUCAGUCCAAUGACAUCGACGAUCAGCAACACUCUUCCAAAAAAACCCAAACCAAAUCGAUCAACUCCACUUUAGCUGGCAAAAAACGAAAAAUCACCGAAACAGUUGCAACACCAUCACCGGAGCAAAAAGCGCGCAAAUCAUUUCCAGCAACCAGCAACAUUCAAGUGUUCUCAAGCCUCAUGCAAUUGAACUUUAGGGAAUACGUUGACAAGUCAAGCCGUUUGUGCGAAGGAAUCGAACGAUUGGAAAAUAAAGUGGCCGAACUAAAGUUUGAGAAAAAACAGCUCAUCGAUGAAAUCGCGCAACAAAAACAGGAAGUCGAUAAGGUGACGAACGAAAACAAUAAACUCAAGGGCUAUCUAAAACAGUUUAACAUCAUUUGGGAAGGCAAGUUAGCGGAGGCCAAACGACAACAAUGGUGCAUCACAUGCGGAAAGAAACCAGAAGAUCCAUUCUAUUGCAGCAAAGCCUGCCAAAAGGUUGAUUGGAAAAAUGAUGAACCCGAAGAUUUGUAAUCAUCUUAAUCAAAAGCCCAUUUCUUCCUAUUACACUGACUCGAAUUCAAUUUAAUUUUGAACGAAAAGAAUUACCUGACGUACAAAUAGGAGUUUAAAAGAAAAUCAACAUUUGAAUAGCAUUUAGUCAUCAAACCAAAAAUUUAAUCGAAAACUGUCAAGUUUACUGAUCACAACGAUGUAUUAAUCUCUAUUUUUCUCGCUGACACUGUAUUUUUUGAAGAAAAUGUCUCCAACAUUUACAUUCGGUUCAAUUUAUGAACAAGAAUAUUUAACAGAAACAUGAAUAUCAGUCUAAUUUUGCUUUAAAAUAGGAUGAAAUAUGUUUUUUUUUGUAUUUUACGAGCCAGCAAGAGAAGCUAUUCUAUUACGAGAUAUUCAUUGAAAUAAUAUACCACAAUAGUACUAAUUUCGCAUAACACAUGAAAAUGACAAUGGAUUGAAUUAUUAUUGUGUAGCAAAAUGUAAUGCAUUCGAUUAUUUUGUACACUGACCCAUUCGAUGACAUUUAAAUAAAGAAGAAAAAAAUAAGACAAA